AUGGCGGUGCUUUUGCAGACCUCCGUUGGCGACUUGACCAUUGAUUUGUUUGUGGAUCGGUGCCCUCUUCCCUGCUACAAUUUUCUGGCGCUUGUUCGUUCCAAAUAUUACCACAAUUGCAUUUUCCAUUCCAUAGAGAAGAAUUUCAUCGCCAGAGCAGGCAACCCUGCAACUGCCUCGCGCGCCUGGGGCCUAGGCCUUACCCUUAAUGGAAAUUCCGCCAAUGAAAAGCAGACAGAUGACGUCGGCUGCAGCAUCUGGGGAAUUCGCCAUCUCGUGAAAUCCCGCCAAAUAAAUCUCAAGAAGCGCGCGCGGGAGCUUGAGCUGCAGCGUCAGGAACAGCAAGGGAGGCUCUCUCUCCUCCCAGCAUCAGUAUACGCGGAUGUCGAGUUCGACAUGCUCGCGUACCAGUCCUUCCCUGAGGCAUCUCUGGAAGGAGUGGGCUGCACGCUGAGUAAAAGUCAGGUAAGCGACAAAGCCAUAGGAGUUCCUUCUUGUCGCUUCUGCCCGCUGGACGCCAAUCCAAAGCUCAAACACACGAGAAGAGGAAUGCUCGGAAUGCUCCCGCAUGCUGCUGGCAAGGCCCCAGGCGGCACCAGUUGUUUCUACAUAACCCUGAGGCCAAAUCUGACGCAGCUGGACGGUAAACACUCGCUUUUUGGGGAGGUUGUUGAGGGGGAAGACACCCUUGACAGGCUCAACGACGCCUUUGUCGACAGCUCUCAUAUCCCGCUUACGCCAGUGCGGAUACUUAGGGCGUACAUCCUGGACGACCCUUUCUUCUGCAAGCCUCAAAGGGCGCUUCCUCUCGCUAGCAAAGAAAAGGAAAAUCCUGCUGAUGGGGAAUGCAGAGAGGAGGAAGAAGCAGAUGAUGUAGCAGAGGUAGAUGCAGAACGGCUGGGUUUUACUCCACCUGCUUCGCCGGAGCCCCUGGCUGCUGAAGCCUUGAGCGACGAGGAGACAGACGAAAUCAUGGCCAUAGAAAAGGUGGAUCACAAGGAAGCAGAAGCCAGGAAGGUGACCCUCGAAAUAUUGGGGGAUAUCCCGGAUGCAGAUAUGGCCCCGCCGGAUACGGUCCUCUUCGUUGCAAAACUGAAUCCGGUUACGCAGGACAGCGAUCUCAGGCUCUUGUUUUCACGGUUCGGGGAUGUAGUGUCUUGCGACAUCAUCCGUGAUUCCCGCACGGGUCAGUCUCUGCAAUAUGCUUUUGUCGGCUUCAAAAAGAAGGAAGAGUGCGAAGCUGCAUACUUCAGGAUGCAAAACGUUCUUGUCGACGACAGACGCAUUCAUGUGGACUUCAGUCAGUCUGUUGCUAGGGAAUGGAAGUCUUUUAAACUUCAACAGCUCAAAGCACCGAACGCUGCAGGAAAACCCCCCGCAGCAUCUGGUGCAUCUAGUCAUUUCCAAAAUAGAAAAAAAGAGAUGCGCGAGGAAGAGCAAGGCCUUGCAACCUGGGCCGAGGGCAGCCACUUUUCGACAGAAGCACAGGGAACAAACAGCUGUUUACCUAAUGUUUGUAUGGCUGCUUUUGUUUGCGAAUAUUCAUUUUAA